UCACAUCGCCAGAGGUGGGCGGGGGGCGGUACGGAGCGGUGUCAGUACAGUAGCGCUUGCUGGCGAGUCCUAGCGUAGCUAACGGUUAUCCGGGUCGUUGUGUCGUUUAUUUUCCACCAAAAUUCAACUUCCACAAAGAAAUCCACAAGAAGGGAGGUGCAUUUGACCUCCACACUCGGUCGACAUUUGUCCUUCAGCUGUUCGGCGUUUGGCAGGCAGAGUUGGACCGAGUUGGACACAGAUUGGCGGAUAGCGGCUAACUUAACGUCCCUCUGCAUAUCAGCUGCCUCAGCGCUGUAUGUGCGGCAACAACAUGUCAGCGCCUUUACCUGCCAUCGUGCCUGCUGCCCGCAAAGCCACUGCGGCGGUGAUAUUCCUGCAUGGCCUUGGUGACACAGGACAUGGCUGGGCUGAAGCGUUUGCAGGCAUCAGGAUACCACAUGUGAAAUACAUCUGCCCACAUGCCCCCACCAUGCCUGUUUCUCUGAACAUGAGGAUGUCCAUGCCUUCUUGGUUUGAUAUUUAUGGGUUGAGCCCAGAAGCAGACGAAGAUGAGAGCGGCAUCAAAAGAGCAUCGGAGAACAUUAAAGCCUUGAUAGACCAAGAAGUGAAGAAUGGGAUUCCAUCCCACAGAAUUCUCCUGGGUGGAUUCUCACAGCCAGCAGAGACUCCAGGAAGGCCAAGAAAGAGUCAAGCACAUAACCCCUGGACUACUUUUUGCAGUGCAGAUCAGAAGGGUGGAGCGCUGUCUCUCUACACAGCUUUGACAACGCAGCAGAAGCUGGCUGGAGUGGUCGCUCUGAGCUGUUGGCUCCCUCUCCGCAAAUCCUUCCCUCAGGCUUCUGCCAACAGUCCUAACAAGGACAUGCAUGUACUACAAUGCCACGGGGAUGCCGACCCCCUGGUCCCCUUUAUAUUUGGCAGCCAGACGGCAGAGAAGAUGAAAAGCCUCAUCAAUCCAUCCAAGAUCACCUUCAAGACGUACCGGGGUCUACCUCACAGCGCCUGUCCAGAGGAAAUGGUGGAUAUCAAACAUUUCAUAGAGAAGCAGCUUCCCCCCAUCAGUGACGAGUGAACUCUGGAGUAGCCACAAAACCCACACAACACCAUCAGAGUCUUUUUGGACUUGACUCCAGUGAGACUCCGUUGACUCCAGGAGCCACUGACUUACUUGAUAAUAAAACCGCUGCUACUCAUAGAGCCAGACAGGACUGGGGCUACAAUGUGUUAGCCCGCGAGAGGCAUGACUGUAACGAUGCUGCAUCCUGACCUGGAGUCACACACAGUCUUCAGUGUUACAGUAGAGUAACAUUAGUUGCUUUUGUUAAGCUAUUUGCCAUUGAGACAAGUAUUGGAAUAACUAGGGCUACACUUUAUGGUUUAAUACCUUAUCUCACAAUAAAUGGCCUGUUGUUAAAUGUUCUUUUUUAUCAAUGUAGCCUAUUUGUAGUAGUGAUGGAACAAGUUUAUCAGUCAAUAAGACGUUUUUUGUUGACAUUUAUUGCUUCCAGCUUUUAAAUUUGAGUAUAUACUGAUUUUUUUUUUGUCUGUUUUAAAUGAUUGUAAAUCUAAUACUUUCUGUGUUUUGGAUUUUAAAAGAUAUCAAACUGGGAUUUUGUAACAGCUGAUCAACAUUUUCCAGUGUUUUGACAUCUUGCACACUAAAUAAUUGAACAAACUGUUAAGCCGUAAUAGUAACUUAAAUCUUCAAGUGUUUUCAAAGCACGUAUGCAAAAAUGAACCUUAUGAUAUUAAAGCAGCUUAA